AUAUUUGUGUUUCAGAAAAAUGAAGUCAAUUUGGUUGUCUCCGAUCAAGACUGUUGAACUGUGUUUUGCUUGUGCGAUCACAAUUUGGAUAUGUCAAUUGAACUUAAAGUGGUGAUUUGGAACCAUAAGUUUGUAGAAGACUCUAGUAUUUUGGAAUUCUUCAAAGUUGGUAAUAAGGGGAAUGAGUGAGGUGGUUUAUUAAAAUAAACAAGUUGCUCUUAGAGGGUUUUAGCUGCUAGUAAUCCGGGUACCCAGAAAACAGGCCUCACACCAUGUUUGCAAGUGGACCCCCAACACUUCCCGAUGUUCCACAAGCUAAUGGUGCGGUUGCUACUCCCGUUCCCCCACGACCUUUUGCAAAUGGUCCUAUGCCUCCAGCUCCUGUUCCAGCAAUCCGGCCACCACUUAUGCAGCCUAAUAUGUACCCACCAAUGCAAAUGCCUCCACCACAAGCUUGGCAGGGACAGCCUAUGCAACCAGGUUCAGCUGGCAUGCCUCAGCAGCAAAUGCAAUUCAGAGGAAUGGCACCUCCACCGCCCCCACAGGUAGCUCCACCCUUAAAUAGGGCCCCUCCACCACCAGCUGCAAUAGGUGGUAAUGUUUGGCGACCGCCACCACCACCUCAGCACUUUAAUGGUGGUCACCAUCCAAUGCAACAUGUGUCGAUGCCGCCACCCCCUCCACCUGCACAAGGUUGAAAACUUGAGAUGCCAAAUUUUGUAGUAGCUUGAAUGUCUCUUUCCUUUCUGGGAUACAUAUUGUUAAACUAGUGCAUACGCUGUAAAAAAGUGGACGGUAUUUCAACCUUUUAGUCGAGGAUUGUUCCAUGUGGAAGUAACUUUUGCUUUUGACCUCUAUGGGAGGUAGAGCAAGAUGAUUGUUGAUUUAGUGGAAACGCCAUAUGCAAUCUCUGAGACAUCUGAUUGUAAAAAUCUACACGUCACAAAAUUAGAUAGUUAUAUGAUUGCUAGUUGUCUGUUCCUCCAACCGUACAAGGAUCUGCUAAACAUUCUUUGUGUUGGAAGAAGUUUAACAUUUCAAAAUUUAGAUGAGGACAGUUAAAAGAGUUUGUUGUGGCCCUUUAUUCA